AUGAAAAUAAUAAAUUGGAUUGGACCUAGUCGAUUCGUGAUGAUGAUUCACGAAAACAUUGUUACAUUUUGUUAUGUUAUCGCUCUUCUAUUAUUUAUAAGUAUUUCAUUAGAAAAAGGAAGGGAUAUUCAACUGAUGAAUCAUAGAUUUGUUAUUUGGAGUAAUGAUUUUCAUAUAAGUCCAAUAAAAGAUAUUAAAUAUCAACUUCGAACAUUUAAUAUUGAAUUUCUAGACAAAAGUUUAUCAGGUGCUUGUAAAUCUACUAAUUCAUGUGCAAAAGAUUUGAAAAUAUUAAAUCGACAAAAUGGACUAUCUCCUAAUCUUACUGAACGAAAACAAUUUUAUGAAGUUUAUAAAAAUGAUUCAGAAAUGAAUAGAGUUGAUAUAUUUAUGUGUUUUCAUCCGGCAGGAAUGUGUGAAUUAUUUAUGCCAUUUAAUCGAACAAUAAUUGUUAUUGCUUCAACUCGAUAUGAAUUAGGAAGACAUGAAAAACAACAAUGGACAACUUUAAAUAAUAAUCUUAAAAUUAUUGCUUCCAAUCCUCGAAAUAUCAUAGCUGGAAAUAAUUUAUAUGAUGCUGAAUAUAUUCGAUAUUUUACUGGAAUAAAAACAAUUGUUUUACCAUCAAUAUGUGAUUAUACAAAUGUGACAUAUUCCAGAGUAGAAGAGAAACCUUUUCUUAUUGCACCUAUACAUAAUAAAAUCUUUCAAGCUUCAUUUAAAUCAAAUUUAAUAAAAUCGUCCAAACGUUUGAAUUUAUCAAUAGAAGUAAAACAUUUACGAGAUGUAUAUAAAAAUUAUUCAUAUGAACAACUUAGUGAACAUCCUGGAAUAAUUUAUGUUCCAUAUCAAGUAUCUUUAAUGAGUUUAUUUGAACAAUAUAGAAUGAAUAUUCCAUUUUUUUUCCCAUCAAUUGAUCUUUUAACUGAAUGGCAUAUCAAAUAUCGUGUUAUUGAUGAACGAACUUGGGAUGGAGUAUUUCGACAACAUAAAAAUUCUUCAAUUAUAUCAGGUGUUUUAAAUUCUUAUAUUCCUGAUCCAAACAAUGAAUUUGAUCGAAAUGCAAUUCGAUAUUGGUUACAAUUUUCGGAUUUUUAUCAAUGGCCACAUAUUAUUUAUUACAAUUCUAUUGAUGAUCUUUCUAAAAAAUUAAUUAAUACUAAUCUAAAUCAAGUCAGUCAAAAUAUGAAAACAUACAAUAAACAUUUAAGAAAAACUGUAUUAAAACAAUGGCGUAAUAUACUUCAGAGAAUUAUAUAA